AUGACAGUACUGUCAAUAUUGGCCCUCUAUAGGUGUGCUAGCUGCUCCAUGCUGCCAUUGGUGCUUCUUCAAGUUUUAAUGCGGGAGGGAGGUCUUGUUGGGCUUGGAUUCACGCUGGCGGUGGAGAACGUUUCUGCGGCGGCCGCGGAGGAGCAGCUUGACGUCACGCUGAUUUCCGACGUUGAAAACCUCGCGGAUGUUGAAAUCCCCGACACCGCGCAUCAAGUUAGUACUGGUGCGUUCCUUCUUCUUAAUUCAUGGUUUCAGGUGGGGUUUGUGCUCACUACGGGCAUCAACAGCGCGUAUGUGCUUGGAUAUUCAGGGACCAUCAUGGUGCCCCUGGGUUGGGCAUGGGGUGUAACCGGUUUGAUUCUCGCCACUGCGAUUUCGCUCUACGCGAAUGCUCUUAUUGCUAGGCUUCAUGAAUUUGGAGGAACAAGACAUAUUCGAUACAGAGAUCUUGCUGGAUUUAUAUAUGGUAGAAAAGCUUAUUCUCUCACAUGGGCUCUGCAGUAUGUCAAUCUUUUCAUGAUAAAUGUCGGCUACAUCAUUUUGGCUGGUUCGGCUUUGAAGGCUGCUUAUGUUCUAUUUAGGGAUGAUGAUGGGAUGAAGCUUCCACAUUUUAUUGUCAUAUCUGGAAUUGUUUGUGCAAUAUUUGCCAUUUGUAUUCCCCAUCUAUCGGCUCUUGGAAUUUGGCUGGGAUUUUCAACUGUCUUCAGCCUAGUGUAUAUUGUUAUAGCAUUUGUACUGUCAGUUAAAGAUGGUAUAAAAUCAGCACCUCGUGAUUAUAGUAUUCCGGGGACAUCAACAAGUAAAAUAUUCACAACAAUUGGGGCAUCUGCUAAUCUUGUGUUUGCAUAUAAUACGGGAAUGCUUCCUGAGAUACAGGCAACCAUCAGACAGCCAGUUGUCAAGAACAUGAUGAAAGCCCUGUACUUUCAGUUUACCGUUGGAGUUCUGCCGUUAUAUAUGGUGACCUUCGCAGGGUACUGGGCUUAUGGAUCUUCAACACCAACCUACUUGAUGGGUGGUGUAAAUGGUCCAGCUUGGGCUAAGGCCAUGGCCAAUAUUGCAGCCUUUCUUCAAUCAGUCAUUGCAUUGCAUAUAUUUGCGAGUCCAAUGUAUGAGUAUUUGGAUACCAGACAUGGGAUCAAAGGGAGUGCCUUGUCUUUUAAGAACCUGUCAUUUCGAAUCCUUGUAAGAGGUGGGUACCUGACCAUAAACACGUUCGUAGCAGCUCUGUUACCAUUUCUUGGAGAUUUCAUGAGCCUUACAGGAGCCAUCAGCACAUUUCCCCUUACAUUUAUCCUUGCAAACCACAUGUACCUAGUGGCAUAUAAGAACAAACUAACGUCCAUCCAAAAGCUCUGGCAUUGGAUCAAUAUUUGUUUCUUUGGCAUCAUAUCUGCUGCGGCAACUAUUGCAGCCAUGCGGCUUAUUGCUGUAGACUCCAAAACGUACCAUGCUUUUGCAGAUUUAUGA